AUGAGCAUUCUGUAUCUACAGUCCAUACUCCCCCUUCCUCCGACAAUAGAAGCACCAAAGGAUGACUUGUCGAGUACCGGCACCAAAGAGUCUUCGGACAACGCAUUCGAAUCGCUUCCGGAAGGUACUUUCGAGACGCUUUCGGACCAACAAUUGGGAGUUGCCAUGGCCCGGUUUGACCGGUUCCGUGACUCCAUUUCGCCAUUACGUGCUAAAUUGGAUCCGAUAGACGCAUUUCUCAACAGCUUUCACUCCGAAAUCAAGCAAUUAUCCCAUACUUUGCGUUCUCUUGAACAAACUUCUACCCGAUUAUCUUCUGGAGCAGAUUCUCUGCGUGACGUCGUUGACAAGCUCAACUCGGUGAUCUUGGAUAUGAUGAUCUCGCCGCAAUUGGCUGAGUCCAUAAUGAACGAUCCUAUUGAUGAACUGUGGCUAGAAAAUAUCCGUUUCAUUGCCGAUAAACAGCAACUCAUUGAUAAAAUAAACCAAGAUUCUCUCCCCAGCCACGCUGCCUAUAAGAAUCUGAAACCUUUCCAGCAAUUGCAAGAUGGUAUAUUAUUGCUUGAAGCCAAGGCAAUAGAACGUAUAAGGGACCACCUUAUUCACGAAAUCCGCUUGAUGAGAGGACUGAUCAAAACAUCCUCACAAGUAGUUCAAGAGAAAUUGCUACAGGUUAAAGAAAUAUAUUCUUUCCUCGAAGACCGCCAUCCUCAGCUUGCUAAACAACUCCAGUUGGCCUAUAUCUACACCAUGAAAUGGUACUACACCACUCGUUUUGCCAAGUACUUGCAUUCUUUACAGAAACUUCGUCUCAAAGUCAUUGACUCUCUGUUUGUUUUGGGCGCUUCCAACGACCAUACGGAAGCGAAACUGGGUCUCUUUGGUUUCGUCGACGCUUCACUCCGCGACUCGCAAUCUCUUUCUCCAAGUCUGGCCUCGGGCAAAAUUUCCUUGGCAGAGUAUUUCCUGUCAUACAUUAAGCGAAUGGAAAUUCUUGCUGAAAGCAACAAGUCAGAAUCCAGAAGAUCCAUUCCCUCUCAAAUUGCGGAAACUACUCCGUUUGCAUACUGGAUGGAGUUUGCCUUCAACCAGUGGUCCAACGCAUUGUUGGAUAAUAUCAUUGUCGAAUACUUAUUUGUUGUCGAUUUCUUUUACAGAGGGAACGAGAAAUUUCACCCAAUGGUCGAAUUAGACCCUAAAUUAGAAGACCAUAAUCUGAAGAAAAAGGACUGGUCGCACUUUAUGUUUGAAGACGUUUACAAAAUGGGACAGUCGUUUGUUUCGUGGUUGAUUACUAGCCUGCAAGCUUCCUUGAGCCUGCGUUUGACCGCCGCACCUUCAAUAGCAUCCACUUAUGCUAAUGGCACUUCGAGUCAAUCCAGCUCGUGCGACAUUUAUGCCAUAUUAAUCAUGAUUCGUUUGAUUCAAACUCAUUCGUUUGCUCUUCAUAAUGAGUUCAGGGUCCCUGUAAUGGAAGAAUACCAUAAUAUGAUGCUAUUAAUGUUGUGGCCACAUUUCACUCGAAUCAUUGACAUAAACUGCGAAGCCAUGAAGAAAAACAUAUUAGGUUCCAGCACAUACUCAUACCGUCUGUUGCAGACCAGUCAAGCUCCCAUAAAUGCAACUCAGCAAUUUUCGCAGUUAAUGGUGGGGUUGCUCAAGUUGGCUUUCAUUCAUGAAUCGCAAGGCGAGAAUCUUGCUCAAUAUCAGGGUGAGCCUGUGUGCUCUUCAAUCAUUCGACUUCGAAAUGACUUCGAAAGCGCUUUAACUAAAACAGGAAGCCAUGUAUUUGGCUCAGGCAAGAACAAAGCUGUUCAAAAGGAAAUUUUCUUGUUCAACAACUACUUUCUUGUGGUGACAAUUUUGCGCAAUGAGUUUGACAUGAAUACAUGCAAUCAGUUUAUCAAAGAGCAGAUUGAGCAUUUUGAACUUCUCUGUGAUGCCUACAAGCCAAAACGAUAA